AUGACUCAGCUGAGUUUUUAUCCGACCUCUGGUCAAACAGCUACUCAAUCCACCAUUCAACCUGUCGGAGUGACAGAUCCCACUAAUCAGAUUCCGAAUCCUUUUGAAUUAACUAUUACGGCAGCUCUUCGAAGUGCUUUCGAGCCAGAAAAUCCAAGCUAUUCGAAACGCAUUCCCAAUUGCCAAAAAUGUGGCCAACAUGGUCGCAAAUCACGUCUGAAGGGUCACAAGCGAGUUUGCCCAUACAAAGACUGUCCGUGCUUCAAGUGUCAUUUGGUGACAGAUCGCCAAAAAUUAAUGGCCGAGCAAAUCAAAAUCAGAAGACGUCAACGUAAAGAUCAUCUGAUGAACAUGACAAGAGAGCAGAUCACCAGUACAUUAAAUGCUGCUGCAGCUUUAUCUGCUGCUGGAAACUUCACAUUUAAUCCUUUAAUAUUCCAAGAGAAUCAGUUGCCCUGUUCUCUUCUCACAUCUCCAGCUGCUUCAUCUGAUGGAAGUUCAUACUCUCCAACCAAUGUGAUUAAUCAACCGUUCCGAACAUCACCGGAACUCAUCAGCUCUGCUACACCAACAAGCACAGCUACUGUUGCUCCAGUCACAACUGGUGCUAGUGUGCCAGCAGUAUCUGCGGCUACUGUUACAGCAUCAACUAUAACUUCUCCAAGCCCUCCAAGCCCACAAGGAAUAUUGGCUCCUGUAGCCAUAAAUCCAGCUUUCAGCUUCCCAUUAUUUAAUAGCGAAGCUUUAAUUCAGCUGCUGGCCAGCUAUAAGAUUCUUGAUCCUGCUGCACCAACCCUCAAGACGGAUCAUUCACAAGAAAAGAUGGACCUCAGUAAUCCCAUUAUUGAUGUUUGUUCCGUAUAG